CAGUACUCCAUCCGUCAACUUAACUGAAGGAUCGUCCUGAGCUGGACGUUAAAUAACUAUGAAUAUCCCUUGAUGCUCAGUGAAAAAUGUAACCACAGUCCAGAAAGCAAUGCCGAAUGGUUCGCAGACGAUUGCCAAGAGGUUUUCUGCUUUUCUAACCGUUAUUUAUUUUCUUGACGCAGCAACGCUUUCUUCAGGGAAGUAUGCAUCUUUGCACGGUAGACUCUCGCAAUCGAAACGAGAUCCACCGUCUCCAUGUCAUCUUCGUUGUGCCUCAGUUGUCAGCAAGGUAGGGAGAUAAAAAUCAUUCGAAGUGUUUAAAUUAAAGAAUCAAUAUCUGGUUGAAUUCUUAAGAAGACAUGCUUCAAUAAACGCAGCUACGAAUGCUUUCAUUGGGAAUGUCGUGACCUAUGCAAAGUGAAGAAAACUUUCGGUAACCAACGUUUUACUCCUUCUGAUUUCUUCAUUUCCCGCAUAUCACGUCUAGCGAAAAACUCCUUUGUUUUACGAAUUUUAAAACUGUGUAAACAUUUUAAAGGAUAGCCGUAUGGCUUUAAACUAGAUUCGAUAGUUAACACCCACGUACAACCAUGCGAAGGAUCCGUGUUCGAACAGAAACAGGAUGUAAAUACGAUUACAUGUAAAGCUCGCAGUAAGAUGACAAGAAGGUACUUUGACGCCUUUUGACCUAGUUUCUAAGGUAAAGUUUUUAUUGUUGUCUAAUAUUUAGUGAAUUAUUUUGAUCGUUGAAUAAGACAAUGACCUAAUCGCCGAACUCUAAGUAUGUGAAAUUACUAAAUAAGCGAAACAAAUGCGUUUUGUUUGUCCACUUCUCGUAAUUUUUCUUUUUCAGUACCGACAGAUGCAUGUAAAACUUGUACACCCCCUUUCAGUUUCAGAGAAUGAGAAUGUGAGGCCCGGUUCAAACGUCGAACUUUACAUUCGACAUAGGUUCGAUGUCUUGAAGGCGAAUGGCUAUACAAAAACUUUUCUUCAUAACUUCCAAAAACCAGUUACAACUAGUAGCACCCCUGAUGAAAGGGAACCAGUGACUGGUUUUGCUGUUAUUCCUUACAUUCAGGGUGUUACAGAACCCACCAUGAGAAUUUUGAAUGGCCACAGUGUUAAAGUUGCUCAAAAACCCUUUCAGACUUUGUGGCAUAUUUUUACCAAAUCUAAGGAUCCUGUCACGAUAGAACAAUGAACUGACGCCAUUUAUUCUAUUCCUUGCAAUGACUGUGACAACGUGUUUGGUACUUGCUUGAAAGAGCAUCAAAAAGCGGUUUUCUUUUGCAAGAAAGAAAAGUCAGUUUUAUCAGAGCACACAUGCCUAUCUGUACAAUUGGGUGGGAUUAGUCUAAAAUUACCACCACUAAUCGGUGUUACCACCAGCGCCUUUGUUUGGAAGCUUGGCAUAUUAACUCUGCCCAUGCUCCUUUGAAUUGUGAUGAAGGCAGCUUACUUCCUGACACCUAUUCACACCUCAUGAGAAAAAAGGCAACUAAUUAGCGAUUGUCUAGAAGGACCUCUUGUUGCAGCAUUUAGAUCACCCUUGAUGAAGGUAUUAGAAAGGAGUUUGGAAACUUAAUAAACUUAAUAAGGUUCAAUGUUUGAACUGAGCGUGAAAUGUGUUCUUCAUCAAGUGCAUCAUAUUCUUAGCACUCGUAGUACUUACUACACUAAUGUCCUCAUUAAUCAAUAGAAUGGAAACAUGACUUUUUAUGGCCCAUGUCAACAUUUCUUUACUUUUUAGCAGCAUAAAAUACACUCUGUGCCAUAUGGUUGUGUCCUGUUGUGGUUUUUAAUCACUUGGUCUGCAUAUGAGUCAUCACACAUUCAGUUUAUUGCACUUGCCCUUGCUUAUCUUAACAUUGGGCUGAUAAUCAGUGGCUCUGUGAAAUAUGAGUCCUUGCUCCUCCCAAGAAACCUAUGUUAAACAGCAAUUUUAAUUUGGUAUAGUAAUAACUCAUCAAAAACAGAGUUAUUGCAGCAUCACAGGUUGUUAGCUCAAUAUAUACCAUCAUUUUUUAACAGUUUCUUUUUCCAAUGAAUGAGUUGUCAAAGUCUUCACAGAAAAUGAUUUUAAAAAACUGACUCAUGCAAUAUCUUCAUCUAUUUACAAUAACUAUGAGCAUCAUAUUAAAUGUCAGCCAAACUGGAUUAAUAAAGCAGCAUUCAGUGACAGGUUGACUUAACGUUGAAACCUGGGAAAAAAGAGAUCUGACAAAUUUGUGUUAAACAUUGGGUCUGUUUAACUUUUGUUUUGCCAGGUGAUUUCUUUUGAGGAAUGUGUUGCAAGAUGCCAGGAAAAAUUACCUUCACACAGAGGUAAAAUAUACAUGUAGAUUAUGUACAUUUAGCUGCUUACUAAUUUCAGUCAGAUGUACAUUAUGCAGGUAAGCCUGAAAUGCAAACAUCUUAUUAGGUGGUGCAAGAUGGUGUUGUAAUAAAGCAUAAUGUAAUAUGCCUGACCUACCAUGUGUGAUUCUACUUUGGCCAGUUGUUUGAACAGUUAUGAAAGUAUAAUCAGGAAUGGGUUUAACAAUUGGUCUUGAUUUUUUCUUUUCUUUUGUUGUGUUGUCAUGGGCCAGGUUGCUUAAGGCUAGGCUAAGAUAACCCAGGAUAAAUGUGAAAACUGGUAUCAGAUUUGAAAGUCUUUAAAGAAAAUUCAGUACCAAUCCUUUUAUUUGGCUAAGUGUAACACAAACCUGAAGAUGUUCUGAACAAGCCACCCGUGGUUAAAAGUAGGUAAGAGUGGAUGCACAAGGAUAAGCAAAGAUGCUUUUACAAAACAAUUUAUUUACAAGAGUCUUUCGGCCCUACAUCAUGAAAUAAUAAUUUUCAGUUUGGUGCAUUCCCAGAAAUGUUAUUGGGUCAAAUAGGUAAUCUGAGAAGAUUUCACAUUUCCCAUGGGAGUCUCCUGAUAAUUAUAGACAUCAAGCAAUAUUGACAGUUGUCAUCUUUUUAAUGUUUUAUUUAGUACAUGUACUAGGUAUCUGUAGGUUCAGUGUAGAAAUUCAAAAAUGAAUGGGCAAAACAAAUUCAAUUUAACACUGGGAUCCUUUUGUAGUCCUUAAACAAACUUCAUAUGAGUAAGGGCAGUUUGGAGUUUUAUAGUUUUGAUGUGCUCUUUGGAAAAGUUUCAAGUUUCAUUUCAAAAGUUACAUUUCUGUUUGUAAUCUUGAAGUGUCCCAGUAGUAGGUAACAUCCUUUGUUGUGGGUGUCUACAAAUUAAUUAAAAUCUAUUUCCACCCAAUGUGUCUCUAUUAAAUUCAAUUUUAGACACAAUGCAUGAAAAUAGGAAAAAAAGAGAUAGUUCUUCCAUCAGGCAACAGAGAAGUGCAGAGUACCAAAAUGGUAAGUUGAAAUAAAAAAGCAAGGAUCCAACAUUUAGGAUGUACAUGUAGUAGGAUGUUUAUAGUGUUUUCAAGACCAUAUCUGGUGUGCCAUAAGAUGAAAGGUGGAAAUGCAACACCUAAAGACUACAAUAAAUCAGUGCACAUUCUGCAAAUAAUUUGAACCAGCCAGUCAGCAGAAAAUUGGUACAUACCUUAGUAAGUCUGAUUUAAGCUUUAACUUAUGAAAAAGAAAGGAAAAACAGAAUUUGAUGAGAAGGGAGGGAUUAACAUCACUAUAGCACAAUUACAAAAUUAUAAUACAGUAACUUAUAAAAGAGGUUUAUGAAAGUUCUUUUGGAUAAGCAAAUUUUCCACUAUAUGUAACAGAAGUGCCUCCCUAAAUCAUGUUAAAAUGGAAACUGAUUUGUGGAAACAUUUUUACUUCUUAAGGUACACAUAUUAAAUAACUGUUUAUGUGUUGAUAAUUAGAAAAUAUGUAUAUUUCUUUUGGAAAUUUAUCAACAGAGUGCAUGACCUCUCCUGUACAGUCAAGAAACAAACCACUUCCUGUUAAGAUACGUUCAGUAGAAUUCAAAGAAAAGGAUAUCGAUGUUGUGUGGGAGAAAAAGAAUUCUUUCAAAACAGGUAGUGAAAUGGUUCUGCCAUGCUUCAGUAGUUGCUCGUAAUUAAUCAGAAAGAAGACGUUGAAUGAAGAUCUUGAGGAAACACCAAUUGGAAAAGAUUGCUGCAUUAAGAUUACUUAUAAAUUACCCCUAAUUGUACAAUGAGGAACAACAAAUAAUUCCCACCUUGAUUUAUUGUAUGUGGUGUUGAAGUUUGAGGUUCAGUACUUUGGUAACAUUAGACACAUUUUAGUUGAAUAAACACUUCUUAAUUUCAGAUCUCUUUGCUCAGACUAAAGAAAAUUAAAUCAUUGUUUUCUUGACAGAUUAUAACUGGUCAGCUUAUGCAUUUAUCUACAAAGUUCGUUGUGAUAGAUGUGGUGAUGACAAAACAGCCAAGUGCAAAAUUGUUCCAAAGGUCAGGUUUCCAAAUUUAUUGUUUUUUUCCAAAAGGGGAUAAUUUUAGUUUCUUUAGACACAGGCUUCAUAUUGCAAGAUAAUGUUAAAUUAAUCAUGAGUUUACAACAUGGUUAUGGUUUUAACAUGACCCUAUCAAUUUGAGAAGACAGUGCCUGAGUGGUAAACAACAACUUUAAUUCAAUGGUGUGUAAUAGGGUAAUCAUUAAUGUCAUCAUAGUCAUUUGCAUCUUGAUCAAAAAUGUUUUUUCCAUGGUGAUUAUCAUAACAAUUUAGGAAAAUAAACAUGUUGAUUGAUAAUUCGUGUAGUUGCUUUUUACAGGUUUCGAUCGGGGUAGAAAGCAACUCAUCAUAAUUUGGCCACAGGGUGGACUUAUGUAUAGUAUAGUUUAUUUUUAAUCCCCCUAUAUCAUAUCUUGAUAUACUGGACCUUAGCAGGUCUUAUUAUUGAUAUAUGUUUUGCAUGAUCUGAAAACCUUAGAACCAAACAGAUUAUUCAGUGCCACUGGCUCAAUGGGAAAAGCCUGAUUAUCUUUUUGCUGCUGUAUGUAUGACCUAAAUCAAUUAACAAUUUGUAUUAUUAUUUAAUUUGUGACAUUAUCAUUAAGAAUGAGAUGAGGAGCAAAGCUGAGAUUUAACUUAUCUAAAUAAAAAGGUAGAUGUAAUAUGGUUUGGUCUUUUUCAAACACCCAGAAGUACCUUUCUGUUGUAAGGCUAUCCCUUGAGGUUGUUUUCACUUGGUUUUUGAGAGAUAACUUAUGCUCACAAUCUCUGUCUUCCUAUAUAUACACUUUGAAGAAAUAUAUUUAAGGUAUUCCCGUAUUCUGGCUGAAGAAAUUUAAAGGGAUCUUAAACAAAGCCACAUGAUUUCACGUUUUUUUAUUUUCAUGUGCACUCUCCAUUAGCAUCAGAGCUUCUUCACCUCAUCAGAUUUUCUGUUUUUAGGAAUAUGCAUGGUGUUAUUUGCUCAAAAUGACCAUGAAAUGUAUGGGUGGAUGGGAAGUUUAAAAGGACCCACCCAGUCAUUGUUCCUCAGUCAUUGAUUCUAAAAUUUUGUUACAUUGGUAAUGCUGUUGCUACUGAUAAUACCAGUAAUUUUGUUUUGCUUGGGUUUUCUUUUCAUUUGCCACUGUUAACAAAACCAAGUAACAUUUUAGUAUGAUGAUGAAAAUGAGUGAUAAGAGAAGCGAAAUUGCUAGCUCAUUUUUGUUUGCUGUCUUUAGGUUGUGACCUUCCCGUUUUCCAAAAAAGCUUCUAUAUCUCUGGAAACAUUUUCUCCAUAUGGUGAGAAUCUAUUUUUUUGCUUAUCAGCUUGGAAGUCUUGAAGCUCAAUAUUUCAAUUGAUAAUUUUAAAAAGUGAAUAAGUUUAAAAAACAAUUAGUGAAUAGAAGAAGUGCAUUGUACCUGUUUUCGUUUUUGUUUCUUUUUAUUAGCAUGAAAUUGUGCAUGCAUCUUGAUAGCUUUGUUUUUGCCAUGAUUAUGAUGAAUGCCAGCUUAGGUAAAUUUAGACAACCUAGCAAAUUCUAACUGGAUAAGACUAUAUAUGUAAAUAUAUGGCUUUUCAAGCAGAACUUUGUAUUCCUACCCUUAAUAUUGAAUCUUUCUGGUGUAUUUACAGCCCCUGCACACAAAAUUCCUAUGCCUACUGAAGCUAAAAAAGGUAAGCCAUGCUGAUAUUUUAGAUCCAAAUCUGUUAUAAGCACAUUAUUCUUGUAAACCUCUGGACCCCAUAAGUAAUGAACAUGUGACCCCUAGGUCUCCCUUUUCAAAUUUCAGCAUGCUCAUAAUUAGCUGAAUUUGGCAGAAUAUCUUCAAUUUGCACUUAAUUUCAUGGUUUUUAUGAGACACCUAACUUUUCUUGUGUGGUUUGUUGUUACAGACACAGUUAAACUUGUAGGCUCUAUAGUAGGAGGAAUAGUAGCAGGAGUGGUUAUGCUUUUGCUGUUGUUUGCUCUAGUCAAGAAAAGGCCAUGCCGAGGUAAUUGCUGAACUUCUUAUGAUGUAAUUGGUAUACGAAGUCACAUAUAUUCAGAUUAAUUCUUCUAGUGUCACUCACUCACUUACGCAAUCUUCCCCCAGACACAGUUAGUGUUGUUCAUAAUCAAACAUACUUACCUGUCCUUCAAUAGUUGAAUGUAAGUAAUGAGUUUAAGUAUGGCAGAGCAAAAUUUUCUUCCUUACAUAGGCCUUAUGCCUUAUAGUGCAUAAUGUUUACAGUUACCAGUUCAAAUUUACUUUAUGUACGCAGGAAUUAUUAUUGGUGUAGAUAAGAUAAUUAGCAGAGCGGUUAUUUCCAUUUCAGUGUCUUAGUUUAUUUUGUUACUAUUUACACCUAACGCUUAACUUAGUAUGUCUCAACAUUGUCUCAUGACCAUUUCAAAAUUUCAACAUCAAUUUUGAGUAAUGAUAACAAUAUUUCUGUUGAUAGCCAAUUCAGGACUUCAAUACUCUCAUUGUUACGAUGGGCUGGUUUACUUUGUAUCAUCAACGUAUUGACCUGUUGUUGUAGACAUGUUUUGAUGGUUAUGAUCUCUGUGAGCCUGUUGUUAUUAUUAUUACUCUAUAUUUGAACUUCUCACCAACAUCAUCAUUCUCAUUAUUAUUAUUAUUAUUAUUAUUAUUAUUAUUAUUAUUAACCAUCUCCAUCAUUUAUUUUUGGUCAAAUUUUGAUUUAGUGUUUCUCCUGAUUUUUAAAGGAAGCACCCCUCGCAUGCCUCCACCAGCGCCCCCGAGACCAGAAGAGAAAAAAGACGAAAAAGGUGGGCUUAUCGGAUAUUUCGUAGUGGAUAUUCUUCCUAACUAUAUUUGAUUAAGAUUAUUGUUAUAAUGAUGUAGGUUUAUAGGUCGAUAAUACACGUGCAUUUGUAAACAAUGAAUUACUGGGAUUACGGAAGCGUUUGUUUGACCCUAUGACGUAAAGGUUCCAAGAUGGCGGCUAGGAAGCAAAUAUUACAACAUCACUAACAUCUCUCCUCUUUUUUUCUAUUUUUUUCCUUAAUCUUUGGUGCUUGUUCGUCGUGUGUUUCAACAAGUCAUAUGCAAAAUGUAUUUUCGUGCGAGCGACUGCAGCUUUUCCCAAUGGAUAAUCCCUUACUUAAGAAAGAGAUAAGCUUACGCAGUUGAGAUGAUAAAUCGUACAAACGCUGGUUCUCUGAUUUUACACUGAGUUACUUGUUCCAAAACGUAACAACCAUCCUGUCUUUCACCUACAGCUGUAAGUUGAAGCUCUAUCAUACUCUGAGGCCCUUACCUGAUAAAACCUUAGAUCUACCCGCUAAGGAAUCCGGAAAGUCCCCCAUGAAGACUGUGCACGACAAAAGACACACAUGGCCAUAAUUUACGAUUUCUUCCCAGCAAAUUCUUCAUUGUGAAAAGAAUUUUCAUCUUUUUCGCUUCCUUUCCUUUGUACUGCCAAAAGAAAUAACCUUGUUAAGAAAAUAAUAUGCAUAUCGUCGUCUAAAACCACAAUACGCGAAGAUACAAGAUGACCUAAUGACCAGUCGCUUCGUAUGCGCGCUUCGGUGGUGCGCGAAAUGGCAGCCGCGGCAUGCAUUUCCCGCGCUUUUUUGUCCACGAACUGAUCACCUGAACUCAGAGUGUUACAAUGUUUCACCAACCUUCAGUUUACAAGGAAUGGCGAUAUUUGGGCUACCGCAGCCAGUCUUGAAAGCUUCUCACGCGUGAAAUAGAUCAUAUUUUAGACUUAGGCCACACGAAAUGCAAGGAAUGUAAGGGAUUCUUUUGCCGCUCCCUGAGGAUUUCUUUAAAGCCUGAAACAUGUAUCAGGAUGGCGAAAAAGAUUAAGUAGGAAAUGUUACCAAUUAUGUUCUCCCUUUUUUCUAUUUUUUUUUUUUUAACAGAGCUAUACUACACCUGUUAUUAUCCAGAGAGUGACGCUUUUCGAAACGAAGUGGCCUCAAUUGUGAACUACUUUCGCCAGAACGGUUAUAAUGUCAUCAUGGACGUUAUGGUGUCUACAGAAAUAACUUCCCAGGGUCCUACACGUUGGGGAGAAAGCCAAAUUAGAAAAGCUAAGAAGGUGCUGGUUUUCUUGUCACCUGGUUUGAUAAACCUCGCUCUGGAUGGGUGUGAUGGCUUCCAGUCUCAGGUAAAUACAUGGUACUUCUCCUUUUGGGAUGCUCGUUUGUUCUCGGCCAUCUGCAGUUUUCCUUUUUCGCUCAGUGAUUCCUUCUCCGUUGAUUUUAGGACAGGAGUUCGUUAUCUUAGUUUCCUUGGAUGAUUGAAAACUUAGGAGCGGGGGGGUUAAAAUUCUGUCAUGAGGCCAUAUUAACUUUUCUGGGGCGAUUAGGCGUCGUAAAUUUCUCCUCUAAUCAAAUCUCCACAUUGGUGUGCAAAUUCAAAUUGUAAUAUUUCAGUAUGUUUCAACACGUGGGUAGGAAAACGAACUUAAUUUACCCCACUUCCGUUACCUUCGUAUAGGGCUCUAUGGUGCAUCACGGUGUACUUUUACAAUGUUAAAAAGCUGUUUAAUUUAUUAACAAAAUAAAAACCUGGCUUCACGAAGGUACAUUUUGGUAAGAUUUACGUAUGAGAGACUAAUGAUACAUUGAGAAUAAUAGAUGAGCGAUACGGAUUUUUUUAGUGUUUUAGCCGCCAUAAUCCGAGAAACUUCUGACAAACUACAUUGGAUUGAAAAUCGUGAGGGCUUUACCGUUCAUUCAUCAACCGAGGCCGAGUGGCUCAAAGGCGAGUGACGUAGCAGCAGCUGAUUGGCGAUGUCAAACACAUCAUAUUAACACAUAAACUGCGGUGUUAUACAGAGAUUUCCGGCCUAGAGAAAAGCCGUAACAACACGCGUGGAAAAAUAUAGUAUUUUUUCACGUGUGUUGAUAUAGCCAAUCAUCUGCUGACACGUCACUCACCUUUGGUGCCACUCGGUCAGGUUGAUGAAUGAACGGCAAAGCCUUCACGACUCUCAAUACAAGUUUUUUGUCGGAGCUUCCUCGAAUUAUGGCGGCUAAAACACUAAAAAAUCCGUAUUUCUGACAGACAGACUUUUCCUUUAGUUGGUGCUGUAGGUUAGGCAUUGCACAGAGUCCCAGUCAGUAGUGUGGUUCGGUAAGAGUCGUGACAUACAGUUUACAAGAGAGGUCGAAGAAAAUGGUAAUCUACCGUUUCUAGACUGCCUAGUAAGCCGUAAUGACAACUCACUACGUACAAAAGUUUACAGGAAACCGACACAUAUCGACAGAUUACUGGACGCGUCAUCCUACAACCUGACAUCACACAAAGCCACAACUAUCAAGACUCUUACCCGACGAGCGCAACUAGUAUGCAAUACGACAGACAGCUUAUCCGACGAGAACAAGUACCUUGACCGUGUUUUUUCAAAGAACAACUACAACGAAGACUUCAUCCAACGUAACACUCACCGACCUACUACUACUACCGAAGCUAACGACAACGCAACUCCUACGACCACAGCAACUAUACCAUACAUAAAGGGCAUAUCUGAGAACAUCUCGCGCAUCCUACAGCCCCUUAAUAUCCGCGUCGCUCACAAACCCAUUACCACACUACGUCAGUUACUGACUAACGUCAAAGACAAAGACGCACCAAGGAACAGACAGGGAGCAGUAUAUAAGAUCGAUUGCUCCGACUGCCUCGCCUCCUACAUCGGUUAGACUGGCAGAAACCUCACAACCAGACUGACUGAACACAAACGAGCGACGAGGAAAGGCGAUGUCAACAAUCACAUUGCUGAACAUCACCGACUUACGAACUAUUGAUUGGGACUCUUGCAAUGCCUAACCUACAGUACCAACUACUUUCAACGACUGACCCUGGAAAGAUAACAGACUCCCCUCAACAGGUGUCAACCACUACCGGCACCAUACAAACGACUCAUUCAUUAACAUUACAAACGAACCGAACAGAACGACCUAACUUCACUAACCAAUCGAGACCGACCAAUCACGACUGACCUACGCCACUUGAGUCUUACAGCCAAAAAAAUUACGGCAAAACUGACCAAUCAGUUUAUACAAACCAGACUAAGUACAUUCGACUGACCGACAACAACUAUUCACUUGACUCUGAUGGUGACUUCCGCUCUGGUUGUCGAAACGUCAGUCACCACUACCGACAACAGUCCUUCUCAGGACUACACUCACCCGGACGAUCAAACUACACUAUUACAUGUUACCCCCGGGUUCAAACCAUUUACUGUAUUGUUGUUUUUGUAAUCAUGAUUCAACGCAUUUUUCCAUCUUAAGAGUUAGCGCCAGCGCACUCUACGAAUGUUAUUCGGGGAUUGUCGAUUCAUUUAUUUUCAUUCAUUAAUGAAGUCGGCUUUUCUUCUCAGUAAAGGGCUAUUAUGUUUAUAUGAUAAACAAAAUGAUACAUGGUUGCUUGUAGAUAUGGAAUUUCUCUGCUCGUAUUCAACUCGACAUCUCACUCGUUAGCUGCGCUCACCCGUGAACUAUCGAGUUAAGCACUCGAAGAGAAAUUGCAUAUCUAUAUCUCAAGCAAUUUUUAUGUUGCUUGCAUUCAAUCCGUCUUACUUUAUGGAUGUCAGGUCUACCAUUAUAGUCUCCCCGAUUAUUUGAGCUUAAGUUUAGAGCGUGUCCAAAAGAGAGCCUUGAAAAUUAUAUACGGUUAUGAUACUCAUUAUAGAGAAGUGCUUCAGAUGGCAGAGCUGAAAACCCUAAGGGAUCGGAGGGAAGACCUUUGCUUAAAAUUCUUUAACAACAUCGUCUCCAAUCCCUUGGAUUGUUUGUACCACUUACUGCCUUUCGACAACCGAGAUCAACUUAUGGAGUUACGACGACGCAGACCAUUUAGAGUUUCCUUCAAAACAAAUCGGUUCAGAGAUACUUUCAUUCCAGCAAGCGCAAGACAUUUUAAUUGACACCUAUUACAAUUGUAUAUGGGCCCAUAUGUAAAUUAGUUCCCUUUUAGGUUUGAUUUUAUUGUAUAGUACUAUUAUAUAAUUUGUACACCUUUGUAAUUCAGCUUCCAGCUGCUAUUAAGGUAUUCUUAAUAAUAAACGUCUAUCUAUCUAUCUAUCUAUCUAUCUACGCGCGCCCAUGUAUUAUUCUCUAUUUUUUUCACAUGUGUUGUUACGGCUUUUCUCAGGGUUAAAAAUCCUUGUAGAUCACCAUAGUUUAUAUGAUAAAUAUUUAUUUACUACGAUGAAUCUCUCUUUCUCGACGUAAUCCUUUGCGCAAGUCAAAGAAAUUUGCAAGCAGUGAUGCAUCUUGCGCUUAUGAUAGGGAGGGAGAGGAAGCUCCAAACAAAACACAGAUCGAACCUUAAUGAGCCAGUUAAUAUUUCAAGAUAAUUACAUUUUAAAUACUUCAAGUUGGAUGGUAAUAUACGAACAUGAGUUUUUUUUUUAAUUUUGGCUUCAGACAAGGAAUAAAAAUACUCAGAGGUCUAUGGAACUUUGACAUCCUUUGACCCUCCACCUAAAUCUGCCAUUAGUAAGCUGAAAACCCUGGUUCAGAAAGUACUCCGGGAAGUGAGGCGUUUCGAUUCUUAGGGUUCAAGUAGCACUGGAAAAUAUGAUUACUCUCGAAUUGCGCGAUGGAUUACGUUGAAAAAGAGGGGCUACUGUUAAACUGAAAUAAACACAAAUUUGGAGAUCUGACGGCAUUUCGAAACCUUGUCUUUUCAGGACACCAGCCGCGUUUGGAUUGAGCUGGAAGUACUCCGAGACCUAUACACACGUAAUCGCUCAGCUUCGAAGAUGGUUUGUAUAACCCCACCCGACAUGCCCUUGACUUCAGGACCACUUCCACUCUGGGCCAAAGUUAGCUACAAGUGGCCCGAUGAUGCUUUGGAAAUCUUAAAGCGUCUUAACGACAGACCAAAGAUAUUAGCAAUAUAGAAAAUGCCUGAAAUCUUGCAAGUUUAGAUCUGUGGCAAAAUUAUUGGAGUGUAUGACCUUUUCCCCAGCCUAAUUUCUUUUCCCCUUCCACUUUCACUUUCCCUAACCCCCCACCCCCAACACAAGAAUGAGUCCUCACUAAGUUACCAUUAGAGGACCUUUGUUGCUGAACAAAGAAUAUUUAAAAGGUAUCUCCUGCGGCCUAAACCCUUAAAUUCCCAGAGUUGACCAACGAGUGACUUUUCCUUACCUGCAAUACGUUAUCUUGAAACAGGGUUAUGAGAACAAACAAGCUUAUCAGUAGGGGGUGCUAUCUUGCUGUUAAACCAAAUUCUUGUGUCGAGUUUUUAAGAGAACUUGUGUCAGGCAUUAGGGAGAAUUACUGUUUGGAUCUUGGGAGAGAAAGGGUUAAAUAGCCUAAGGAGUGACUUAUAAAAAGCCAUUGAUUUAACUAUUUUUGUACUAUCGUCUCCUGCCUGACCUUAAAGAAUCUCUGUAAAGUUUACCUUACCGGAAGUUAAGUAGUUAGUUUAGCCGUGAGCUACUUUAGCUGGUAUAGCUCGUGCGUUGCAUUUAGAAGAAAAGAAGGCAAAUCAUAUAUUCCGUGAUGGUACAAAGGAAUUUAUAAGGAAACAUACUUACUGCAGCUAAUGGUUUGAUAAAAAAGAUUAAGCGUUUUAAAUUCCAGGAUUUAAAAUAUUUAUCUCUUAUUAGCUUAUUUAUAUUAUAUUUAAUGGUGGUCUCAUUUAGAUGUAGUUUAUUAUUUAUCGUCGGCUAAUAUGCAAGCCUUGAAAUAUUCUAAAUCUGGUAGAAAUCAGAGUGGAAUGGUUACCAGUGCCCCGGAAAUCAUAACCUGCGAGCAUACCCUAUCUAUCAGCACCUCGGGAAAGAGAAGUCUGCAAAGGGUCUUGUACUGAUAAUUGCUAGUGCUAGAUCCCUGCAGCGCAAGUCUGCAAGGAGUCUUGCACUGAUAAUUGUUAGUGCCAGACCCCCGGAAAACCCCUCCCAGUAGCGCACCCUGCAGGGCUGAUUAUGAGGGCUUGCUCACAGCUGGAUAUGGAAAUCACGUUAGUGGGUAUGUGAAAUGUUAAUAACGGGGUUAAAAUCAUAACACAACGUUUAGGUGAGAGGAAAAAAGGAAAACCUAAAAUUAAAGGAUAACAGCGGAAAUUGAUUUUCAUGCUAUUGAAAAAUAACGCACAUUACCAUAGGAAAUAAUGUUUGGUACAAUUUGAAGCUUGCGUUAAGGAUGUAAAUUAGUCAGAUUAAGAAUUAUAUAUUAGUAAUAAUAAUAGAUCACAGCAUAUAUGAUUUACAAGAUAUUUGUAUUUCGGACGGGAGGCAUGAGCAAGUCGAUAUGAUUUUGUGGAAAGAAUCAGGCGUUCUUUGAUCGUUUUUUAUUUUAUUUUUGUUAUUUUUCUUUUUCUCUUUUAUUCCUCUGCGCUUAUCAUUGACAUGCGAACAGUUAGGUUUUGGUUCAUAGUUGCGAUUCCGUUUCAUUCAGCCUUCAUUCAUGAUCAAGUCAGAAUUGUAGAAGCAGAUUAACUCGCAUUUCAUUUUAAAGAUGCGUCUGAAAAUAGUCAGAUUAUGUACUGUAUGUAAAAGCGCAGACAGGAACCAUUGCUUUUUUAUCAGUAAGUUGAUAUUUCUAUCAUGUCAAUGACUAUUAAGUAACAAGACUUUUUGGAAUAAAAAUUUCAUCAACAAUGAAGC